AUGAACCCCACGGAUGUAGCAGACACCACCUCCCAGGAUGAAAACGGGUACCAUAGUUACUACCACGACGAAAACAUUCCCAAACCUUGCACCAAGGAAGGUAUCAAGGCCUUUGGGGAGCUCUUCCUGCCUCCUCUUUAUUCCUUGGUCUUUCUGUUGGGUCUGUUUGGAAACUCCGUUGUAGUUCUGGUGUUGCUCAAGUACAAGAGACUCAAGUCCAUGACCGACGUGUACCUGCUGAACCUCGCCAUCUCAGAUCUGCUGUUUGUUCUUUCGCUCCCGUUCUGGGCCUACUACGCCGCCGACCAGUGGGUUUUUGGAUUGGGUCUCUGCAAGAUUGUGUCAUGGAUGUACCUGGUGGGCUUUUACAGCGGCAUCUUCUUCAUCAUGCUCGUGAGCAUCGAUAGGUACCUGGCCAUCGUGCACGCGGUGUUUUCCUUGAAAGCGAGGACUCUGACCUAUGGGGUCAUCACCAGCUUGGUCACGUGGUCAGUGGCUGUGUUCGCCUCCCUUCCGGGCCUCUUGUUCAGCACUUGCUACACGGAGCACAAUCGCACGUACUGCAAGACCAAGUACUCAGUCAACUCGACGACCUGGAAGGUCCUCAGCUCCCUGGAGAUCAACGUCCUGGGGCUGGUCAUCCCGCUGGGGAUCAUGCUGUUCUGUUAUUCCAUGAUCAUUCGGACCCUGCAGCAUUGCAAGAACGAGAAGAAGAGCAGGGCAGUCAGGAUGAUCUUUGCUGUGGUGGUCCUCUUCUUCGGCUUCUGGACGCCGUACAACGUGGUACUUUUCCUGCAGACCCUGAUGGAGCUUGAGGUCCUUCAGUACUGCAGCUUGGAGAGGCACCUAGACUACGCCAUCCAGGUCACAGAGACCCUGGCCUUCAUCCACUGCUGCCUCAACCCCGUCAUUUACUUCUUUCUCGGGGAGAAAUUCCGAAAGUACAUCGCCCAGCUCUUCAGAACAUGCCGGGGUCCUCUUGUGCUCUGCCAAUACUGUGACUUCCUUCAGAUCUACUCAGCCAACACCCCCAGCUCCUCUUACACGCAGUCCACUGUGGAUCAUGACCUCCGGGACGCUUUGUAACCACGUGA